ACUCGCAAACUUGUUAUUUUAUUGCAACUCAUCGAAAUUCAAUGGAAAUUCAUUAAAAUCGAUCCAAGGUCGUCGAAACUGUAGCUAAGCAACCAGUUGAUAUGUUGAUGAAAUGGACCAAAAAUGCCUUUUCGUAUAGACUUAUUUUUACCAAAACAAAAUCAAUGGGGCCAAUUUAUUCUAGUCCUAUACAAGUGUUUCUGUUUAAUACAUAGUUAAUACAUAAUAGUUAAAUACUAAUGCCUAUCACAUUCAGUCGUGGAAACGUACGGAAGAUAGCAUUUCGCGCCCGAGGGCGCUCGGCUCAGUCCCUCGAUGCUGGCGCGCCGAGAGACCCGGCCGCGGGCGGCGAACGUCAGUUCCUCCAAAUACGACCAGCACUUGCAGACCAUAGGGCGCCUAUACACCGCUCCAAUACUUUGUUUACAGGCGGUGAUGGCAUCACCAAAGAGGACAGCAAGGAUGAUUCGAUCGAUCUGCAAGCUGUUGGGGAAGGAAAGGUUCAGCUCUCGCGGACGCCACAGGAAAAAGAUAGACUGCCUGAUAGGAUAACUCUCGAUAGACGGGGCUUAUCUUCUAUCCCACACAUAGUCGGCGAGCCAGGGCUAAGGCUUCUGUCUUUGCAGCACAACCUCAUCAAUAGCUUAUCGGGAUUAGCUCCUUUAGAUUUAGGGAAACUGGUGUUCCUUGACGUGUAUGAUAAUCAGAUCGACAAGAUAACUUGCUUGGAAAGACUUUUUAGCUUAAGGGUUCUGCUCAUGGGGAAAAACAGGAUAAAGAGGAUAGAAGGUUUAGUUAAUCUCGUCAAAUUAGAAGUAUUAGAUUUACACGGAAAUAGAAUAAGUAGGGUAAAUGGGCUAUCGAACUUGUCCGAGCUUAAGGUACUCAAUCUGGCCGGGAACCAAAUAAAAUGUAUCGGACUGACUGAUCUUCAGGGUUUGAUCUCUCUGCGAGAACUCAACUUGAAAAGGAAUCGACUGAGAAAACUUUUAGGAUUUCAGAACAUGCCACAAUUGCAAAAACUUUACCUUGGGAACAAUGAUUUACAAAGUGUUGAAGACGUUUCAACAUUAGCAGAAACUACGACUCUAAUUGAAGUGUCUUUAGAUGGGAAUCCAGUAGCUCUAGGAGGCGAUUGCACACCCUUCCUCGUAUCUUAUCUUCCGAAUCUUUUAACUUUAACCAACAUGCAUGUUACUGAGCAGGUACGUAGAGCAGCAAUGGCUUGGAGAAGUAACAAGGAGGCCGCUCACGCUGCCUACUGCGCUCUCGGCGGCUCGGCCCAACAGGCCGCGAGGCGUGAUCAAAUUAUCAACAAUGCACGAACCAACUGGGAGCUGCUCAGGUCAGAAAACAAAUGCUUUAACAAUGUUACUAGUCCGACAAAAAAUGUAGAUUUAGAAAAAGAGUUUGUACUAGAAGCAUCAGCAGCAAUAGUUCCACAAAGCGAAAGUACGCGAACCGUUAAUAUGGCGGGAUUACCGGAUGUUGUGGUGCUGCUGCAACAAGGAGAAAAUGAGGACUCCGAUUCUAAACAUACUAAUGAAACAAAUACGAAGCCAACUACAGAUCCACCAAAAUCACCAUCGCCUAUGCGCAGCAAGCUACAAAGAAGUUCAACUGCAAAGAAAGCUCCUGAAAAACGUGUGAAUUUCUCAGACAGGAGUGCCUCUCAAGACACCGAUGCGUCUCAUUCAACCUCAACUAGCAGUGACUUGAGGCUUCCACCAAUACUCCUACCCAUUAUAUCAUCUUUAGAAAACGUAAGGCUUGCCGAUGGGACAGAGCCAGUUCUGAAAAGAUGGGAAAGUAUAUCUAGUGUGGACCCCGUCAUGGAUUCUUCGUUUAGUUCACUGCCUACAUCAUCAACUGAUAGUGACGAUGAUAGUAAUAAAAGACAAUUCAAAAGAAUUCCUACAGCGGUUCGGCGAAGAGCAAAUUUUGGUACUAUGCGAUCUAAAUCUGUGUGUGACCCUGAAAGUCGGAGAAUCAAAGCCAAAAAUUCGGACAUGUGUGAAAAUUCUAGUAACAUUUCGUGCAGUACAAAUGUCGGUUCAGUUCAAUCUUCGACGUCAGGCAGUGAUCAGAAUAGUAGGAUUUUAAGACGAGAGGGAUCUGUAAACAGCAGGUUAAGUAACAGAACAGUCAGAAGUGCAACAAUAGCGCGGAGAAGUGAACGAGCGUCAUCUGCUUCGGGAAAUCGGGCAUCAACUGCUCGGGCAAAAUCGGGAAAAAGUUUGGCCAUUCUGAAAUCGUCUGAACCAGUGCCGAAGCCGAUGCCAGCAUCUAAAGAUAGGGAACAAGGGGUGGAUUACUUGGUGGAAGUGGGUGACGGAGUGGUGAGCGCCUGGGGUGCUGGAGCAGUGCGUCGCCUAGCGAGGGAUUGGGACUGGGAGCGAGCGAGGACAGUCACUCGUGCCGCCUUCCAUUACGUACACUUCAACGCUGUGGCACAGUCUCUCCCGGAAUUAAAAACGAAGUUCCCAAACGUGACACACGUAUCAGUCCGGGCGACAGGCCUGCAGUGGCUCGGACAGCUGCAUGCCUUAGCCGAGUUGCGGGGGCUCACCGGGCUGACGGUGUUACCAGAAGGCAACCCCGUACACGCAAAGAUAUGGCGAGAAUACGCCGUUUACAGGCUUGGCCAUUGGGGGUUGAAGGAAAUUAACGAUGAACCGGUAACAGAAGAAGAAAUAAAGGAAGCGAACAUCACAUACAACGGUCUCAGUGACUUAGUGUUGCGAGCGCUACCUGAUGCCCCUCUUCAGCCACUAUUAGCGCGUUUGGGAAGGAGCGGGAACAGCACCGUCAGUGCCAAGGCGUGGUUGAGGGCCGCGGACCCGGCCUUGCGGGAUGUCAUUGCUAAAGAGGCGCUGCAGUUUAAGAAAGGACACGUUUCACAGGAGGACACGAGUUGGCGAGUCCGCGGGCGGGGUCAACUAUCCCACGCCAUAGAGCUGGCUUGUGGCGCAGCGCAGCGUUUGCGAGCUUUAGAGCUACAAUGGCCUAUGAUCCUCGUAGAGAUGAUCGAGGAAGCACUCAUAGAUUUCUCUAAUAUGGAUGCGCAUGUCAAGGAACAGAUGCGUAUGAUUAUGGAAACAUUGUGAGAGACUCAAAAGGAUUUUGAAGC